AUGACAGUAGAAUUGGAUCAUACUGGCGAUAAGUUUUAAGUAUAUAAGAUCAAAGAGUUUAAGGAUAUUGUGAAUGGAGAAUAGAAGACUAAACAAGAGAAAACAUUAUUAGGAGAGUGCUAAGUUGAUUUAAGACCUCUGGUAGGGCAUUUGGUCUCAUACUUUGAUGAGCAAAAGCUAAUUUAUCAAUCUUUGAAGUUGAUUAAAUCUGCUGACUUUUCCAAGAUGGGUGAGGCUCCUGGUAGACACAAUUAAAGAGACAUUAUUGAAUAGAAUGCUGGUAGGUUUAACAUAUCAUUAAAGCUUGUCGGUGAUUAAUAAAGCAAAUACGGAGAUACUCUAAUGCAGAGUUUAGAUAACAAAAAGCCAGAAAUUUCCUCAUCAUCAAUUCAAUACAUGCCACUUGAGAACCCAAAUUUCGAAUGGCGAAUCAGAGUUGACCUUAGAGCUGGUGUUGAUAUGCCUUUAAAUAGUAUGAAUCCACAUAAAAUGCCAUCUAUAUUUGCUGAAGUUGCGUGGUCUAAUACUCUAUACUAUUCAUCAGUCGAUCCAUAUACAAAAUAGUUCUCAGUAAUUAUUGAAGAAAAUAGGCAUCCUUAUUGGAAUUAGUAACUGAUAAUAAAUAAUCCUCCUUCUCAUCCAGAUGUUGAAGGCUUUUUUUGGUUUAGCUUCACAGAUAACACAGUUGGAGAGCCUUUUGAAAGAUUUUAUAUACCAUUGAAUUUCUUCAAGACUUUCAAACCUAUUCAUUUAGAAAUACAUCUGAGAGGAGGAGAUUACAAUGCUCAUCCUGUAAUUUAUGUUAGUUUAUGCCUUGAGAAAUAACUUGAAAGCUUUGUUGAUUCAAUUUGCACUGUAACUCUUCAUUGGGCUGACUUUGAUCCUAUUCCAUAUGUCUGCAAGCAAUUUAAUUGUCUUUUUACUACAGAUGGCUAUAUACCAACUGAUACUCCCUAUAUUACUAUUGAUCUUUAAGAUGAGUAGAGCAUUGCUAGAGCUUUCUAGUAUCAGAAUAAUCAAUCGUAUUCAUUAUAUCUAAGUCCAUCUCUCAGAAUCCCUCCAGAUCCAAUCAGAAAUAUUCAUAACUGCCUUACAUACUUUAGAAUGCCAAAGAGUUUCUUAGAUAGAAAAACAAGAAUAUUUAUUGUAGUUAAUGAAGAAUCAAAGUCACAUAAACAUCUCAUGCCCAAUAUUGUAGUAGGAGCUACUGAUAUACUUGACAUUGAUUUGAGAAGAAUGCUUUAUAACUACUCUCAUGAAAAAAUGACGUUCUCAGUGAAGUUUGAUGAGCAUAAUCCUAUGUAUAAAGCACUGGUUGUGUCGAAAUGCAGAUUAGAUUUAUCUUGUUUCCCAACAGAAGCAGUAGAUGAAUUUUUUGAGGAAAAUUUUGAAUACGAUUGGGAAGCUAGACGAGGCAAAGAAAAAAAUGAAAAGAUGGGUGGAACCUAUGACUAUUUUAAUGAGAAAGACAGAUGGCAAUUUCUAUCUAAAGAACUUCAAUAAAAGCAAGAACUUAUCCAUAGAGUCGCAAAAGAUAUUAACGAUAAAUCUGAAGAACUUAAGCUUAAAGGUAAAGAAAUGCUGGGUCUCAGGUCCUCAAUCAAGCAAUUAAAAUUGGAAAACUUUAAACUUCAUUAAAAACUACAAGAGGAGGAAAGAAUAGAAAGAUCUGUUGAAAUCACCAAGGAUAUCAUUUCAAUGUCAGCAACAGAAGUAAAAAAUAAACUUUUGAAAGUUGCUUAAGCCUAUAAGACUGAAAGGCUAAGAAAUCAUGAAUUCGAAGAGAAAAUUAAAGCUUGUUACAAUGAUUUAGAUACGAUCUAAGAGUUGGAAAAGGAAUUGGAUACCUUACAAAAAGAACAUGGUGUGAAAUCUUAAAAGCUGCUUGAACUGCAAAAGGAAACCUAGAAAGAAAUAACCUUUCAAGAAACUAUAAAAAAGCAGGAAGCAGUAAUAGCCAGACUUGAAAAUCUUCUAGAAAAUAAAGUCAAAAGCAAGGAGAAAGCCAGAGAAAAUACAAUAGAACUUGAUCAUCUUAAAGAAGAAAUAGCUAAACUAUAGCAUCAAGUUAAACAAGCAUCAUUUGGUCCAAGUAUGGAGAAUUCUGAAGUUGAGAGACUAAGAAGGGAGACUUAAAAUCUUGAAAAACUCUUAAGUGAUCUCAAGCAAGAACUGAUGAAUAGAAUGGAAAGCUAAAACCCUUAAUUGAAUUAUAACAACUAAGUAAAUAGCAAUGAAUACGAGGACUGGGAAGAUGAGAAAGUUGCUUAUGAGAUUAAACUACAAAGAGAGCAAAUGAGAGUAGAUACUAUAGAAGAGAACAUGCAAGUGAAUACUGCCAAGUUCUCAAAUGAAAUAAAUAUGUUGAAGCAAAUGCUAGCUGAGAAGAAUCAAAUGCUUAGAAACAUGGAUGUUGACCCAAAUGAAAGAUUAAGAGUUAAUAGAUGA